GCUGCCUGUCACACCAGCACGCCACAAUACACCUACCCGGGGGCCAUCCGCCGCGCUGUGACACCUGGCAGGGAUGGAGGGAGAGAUGCAGCCCGCAGAUGAAGGGCCCUGCGACCCGAAGAUGUGCCGACAACAACGCGGUCCGUACAGCACCCUGAAAACCUUCCAGAGCAAGCGCUCGGCGGGCAAGUCUCGCUUUGACAGGUCCGCUGUGGUCGAGGUGCCUGUGUUCGGCGGUGAGGGUGGCGGACAUCACUUCACUUUUCACCCCGGGCAGCCUCAUCCUUUCCAGCCGCACCAUCACCACCAGCGUCUGCAGCUCCAGCAAAGCAUCAGCAGCAGCCAACAGCAACACCAUCCGACUUCUCAACAGCAGCAGCAGCAGCAACAGCAGCAGCAUCGUUUCCCAUGUGAGAACAGGCCCAGCAGCAGGGUCCCGACAUCCACCUCAGCAGCAGCGGGCAGCAUGGUGGUGGCAGCAUCUCUUGGUACCCAGCAGCGGCGCGCCAUCAGCGGAACAGUGGAGCCCAGAUUCUCCCCUGGACAAACCGGUCUGAACCAAGAAGCUCCCGAUUGCACCUAUGGCAUCAGUUCAGAGAACCGCCUCAUCUUGGACGCCUUUGCCCAGCAGUGCAGCCGAGUCCUCAGCCUCCUCAACAAUGGCCGGCUUCUGGAGCCCUCCUCCUCCCUCACCACCAACAUCAAGCUGGAGGGGGACAUUCAGGGGCUUCACUGCUCCUCGCUGGGGAAGGCCAAAAUUGAAGAGAGUUCUCCCACCACAGAACCAGAAGAGGAGGCCCAACAAAGCCAUUUGAACCAACAACAGACCUCUGCCGUUCUCCGAAUCUUCACAGACUCCCUUCAGAGCUAUCUCCUCUCAGGGCCUCAGCAGCAGCCACAGCAGCAGCAGCAGCAGCAGCAACCACAUCUGACUCUGGGCCUGGAGGAUGAGCAGUGUCUGUCAGUGGAGCCUGGUUCAGGGAUGUCUCCUCCGAGACCCAACCUGGGAGGCUGGGGCUCCCCGACUCCAUCAGAGUCAUACGGCCACCCAUCGUCCACACUGCCUGAGGAGGAAGAAGAGGAGGAAAACUGCUGUCCACGCUGCCUGGAGCUGGAGCAGGAGGUGCUGUCUCUGCAGCAGGAGAACGAGGAGCUCCGCAACAAGCUAGAGAAUAUCCCAGUUCCCUGUCAAAAUGUUCUGGACUACUUCAAGACUGUUCUUGAGUCUCACAACCAGCUGGUCCAGCCGAUGCCAGAGGAACAGCUCACAGAGGAAGAAGAACAGCAAACAGUCUUUGAGGGUAGUAAGCAGCUCCUGGAGAACUAUCCUCUCUUCAUCACUAAUAAACAGUGGGAUGAGGCUGUCAACUCCUCUAAGAAAGACGGUAGACGGCUGCUACGGUAUCUGAUUCGCUACGUCUUCGCCACAGACGAGCUGAAGUUCUCCUGUGGUUUGGGAAAAAGAAAGCGUUCAGUCCACUCAGGAGACCCGGGCCUGGAGAGACGACCGCUCAACCCCGUCAAAGUCAGCUGCCUCAGAGAGUUCAUCCGGAUGCACUGUGCCUCAAACCCAGACUGGUGGAUGCCUUCAGAGGAGCAGAUCAACAAAGUUUUCAGCGAUGCCGUCGGACACGCUCGCCAGGGCCGGGCAGUCGGCACUUUCCUGGGCAGCAGCGGCAGCGGCAGCAGCACCAGCAGCCUCUACAUGGACGGCUUUGAUGGACACUUGUCACAGGACGAACUGUAUUUAAAAGGCUGUCAGAACGGCCAGUCGGAUUGA